AUGUUGCCCGAGACCAGGCAGGAUCAAUGCGAGGAAACUCCCUUGCUAGGCCACGACCACGCAUUGGAGUCUCGCCGCUCCACACGCGCACGAUGGAUCCUCAUUAUCCUAAGCUUGGGCAUCAUCGCAAUGAACUUUGGCAAUUAUCUGUCUAUGGCUCCGCAGAUACAAAUAUUCGAGUCAAUCAUCUGCCGGAAAAUGCACCCGGAAAUCGCACUGCUUACCAAUGAGGAGCAAAUUGCUGCCAGAUGCAAGGCCCCCGAUGUUCAGGGUGAGCUUGCGCUUGUCAAUGGCUGGAAGGAGACGCUCGACACGUUGCCGGGGAUUGUCCUGGCCCUUCCCUUUGGUCUGAUGGCCGAUCAAGCGGGACGGAAGACGGUGCUGAUGUUGAGUUUGGUUGGCUUGAUUAUGGAGGAGGUGAUGGUGCGGGUUAUUUCGUGGUACAGCGCGUUCAUUUCCCUACGGACGGUGUGGUUCAUGCCGUUGUUCCAGAUCUGCGGCGGUGGCGGUCAGAUUGCCACAUCUAUGGUUUUGACGAUGAUCACUGAUGUGUUUCCGGUGGAGAAGCGGGCGAAUAUCUUUUUUGUCGUUUAUGCGUCAACACAGAUAGCGGAGAUCGUCGCAAGCCCUCUGAGUGCUUGGCUCAUGUCCUGGACACCCUGGCUCCCGUUCUUCCUAGGAGUGUUCGUCAUGCUACUCGGUCUAUGCGCUUCCAUAUCAGUGCCAGAGACGCUGUCCAAGUCACACAAACUAAGUGAGACCGACACUGAAGACGAUGAGGCGGAUGGCGACGCUCCACGGACUGUAAGUCAUCGUCUGAAGGCCGUCUUGAAUCAAGCCAGGCACCAGAUUAUGCAUCACAGCCGGUUCAUUUUCGCCGAACGCAACAUUGUUUUUAUCUCAAUUGCCUACCUGACGGCCACUGUGGCUAGCCAGUCGCUCCUCAUCAUGCUACAAUACGUCUCAAAGCGCUUCUCGUGGUCCAUGGCAAAGGUACAGUCCCUUCCUCCACUACUUGCCCUCUCUGACUUGAAACAGGCGAGCUUUCUCAUCUCCUUGAAAGGGACCAUGAAUCUAUUCACCCUACUCCUCAUCCUUCCUGUCCUCUCCAAGGCCCUCGACAAAUACCUCCCCCCAAUACGCCGAGACCUGCGCAUUUCCCUCGGCAGCAUCCUCACCACCGCAGUCGGACUCGUCCUCAUGGCACUCGCAGCCAGCCCUACAGUCUUUGCCGUAGGUUUGUCUAUCUCCUCGCUGGGAGGAGGGUUCGUCCCCGCUCUACGCAGCGUCGCUACAGCAUUGGUGGAUGAGGCCGAAAUGGGUCUUUUGGGGACGACAAUUGCCCUGACGCAGGGUAUUGGUGCGAUCAUCGCGGGGCCGCUGAUGGCGGGCACGUUCAAGUUCAGCAUGACGUUGGACGGGGUAUGGCUUGGUCUUCCUUAUAUGACGGCGACUGCACUGGUGGUGAUGGCUUGUUGGGCCACCUGGAUGAUUCGAGUCCCUCGGUUGGUGUCGCACAUUGGAUAG